UCAGUAGGUUUGUGUCCGGGUAGGUCCAAGUGGUGAGGAGUGGGACCUUUGUCGUGCACCUGACACCACCAUGGUAGAUACCCGACGCGGCACCUCCACUAUGCCGUACACAAAGGAGGAGGCGGCGAAGAUGGCCGCCAUCCUGCAGGAGAGAAAGGAGGAGGAGGAGGCCAAGAAGAAGGCCUUGAAGGAGGAGCAGGCGGCCAAAUUGAAGAAGAUGGAAGAAGAGAUGGCCAGGGAGAAAGACAAGUUAAAGAAGGAAGAAGAAGAGAAACUGAAGGCGGUGGAUGAAGAAGAGGACGGUCCGCCACUGCAAAGGAGUAGUGGGCAGCCCAGUAGUAGUAUCGAUGGAGACCUGGAGAAGAGGAUAUCUGAAUGGGUUGCCAACCUGACUAUGGGAGAAGAGGAGGAGGUCAGUAUGUAUAUCCCGCUGGAUCAGCAAGAAGCUGCCAUGAAGGCGUGGGAUGCAGAGAAAGACCCUCUUAAGCGUCAAGCGUUGGAAGACGAGAAGAGGAUGGAAUGGAAAUUAGCGGUGAUGAGGGAGAAGAAGAGGAGAAUUGACAAGGCAGCGGAGGCGGCAGAGGCCUUAGAGGAAGUGAAGAACAUAGAGGCGCAACUACCCGCCCAGCCCGAUCUCCCGAAUCAGAUGCGAGUCAUAGUUCGGAGCGUCGCAUGCCUGGCGCGGGUUCAGGCAGACCAAUAUGACUUUAGCAGAAGUCAGGACAUAGCUGUGCGCUCGAUACGGUUGGGCUUUCGAGACUUUGCUCGUGAGCUGGAAGGCGCCGUUGGAGCCGAGGUGGGUCACCGCCUCGACAAGACUGAGCGGUUCUGCGCUGGCGCCAUUGAAGGCGUCAAGGCGGCAGCUCCCAAGGAGGAGGAAGCACGUCCUCCUCGCCGGGAGCCUGUCAAAGUCAAGUUCCCCAAUUCCUACAGUGGGAAGAGGGAGGAAAACUUUGACAAUUGGGAGGCCAACGUUAAGACCUAUGUGCACUUGCAACAGGUCUCCCCAGAUCAGCAAGUCCUAAUUGUUAUCCACGCGCUGAGAGAUGAGGCCACCAGUUUUGCAAGGUCCCUAGUUCGCGUUGCCAACUAUAGUGAUGAUCCCGUUGCGUACUCCUCAUUUACGUCCCUCACCGAAUUCCUGAAGUUGUUGCGCGAGCGAUUUGCUGAUGUCGCUCGCAUUGUCAAGGCCUCAGACAAGCUCCAAACCAUCCAUUCUCGUAAAUGGAAGAGUGCCAGGGCACUCAAGGGUACAAUGGAUGAGUUGGUGGCCGUCCCUGACCAUUGGGUCACAGAGGGCCAGUUGGUCAACCUCUUUUACYGGGCUAUGCCCGAAGCCUUUCGAGGGCAGUUCUUCGCGAAGAGCGAAGACCCUGCCACCACUUACGAUUCCCUUAGUCGUGAGGUGGUGGCUUUUAAAGCGAAGUCAGUGUCCCCGUCCACCUUUUGGCAUAAGGAUUUGGACAAGGGAAAGCAAUGGAAAGGCCGCACUAUCUCAGGGCAGGUAAAGACCAAGGAUAGCCUUGUCCUGACUUUAGAUGAGGGUAGUGUGGAUGAGAUUCCCUACGAUCAGAUUGAGUGGGGGCUAGAGGACGCGGACAGCGGUGUGGGCCAGGGGAGAUCCUACGCUACUGUCGCGGCCGGAAGGAGGCCGCAAGGAGGAAGAGGCCAGGGCCAAGGGUGGCGGGCCUCAGGGAGCCGGUUUCAGGGCGAUCAGGGGGUUGGCGGCAGAGGAGGAAACCGCCAAGCGGGGGGAAGGGGUCAAGGUCCCCCGCAAAACCGUCCUAGGAACAGGUCUCCCUAUAGAGUAGGAGGAUGGCACCCAGGGCUACCACAGGAGUUGCGCUCGUUCCUGGGCCUAGCUAACUACUAUAGGAAGUUCGUGAGGAACUUCUCCACCAUUGUUGCGCCCCUUCGCAGAUUGCUGAGAAAAGAGACAAUCUGGAAGUGGGACAAGGACUGCACGUCUGCCAUGAAGAAGCUAAAGCACGCAUUGAUAGAGUAUCCGGUCCUUAAGGUCGCCGAUCCGUCCUUGCCUUUUGUCGUUACUACGGAUGCUAGCCAGUACGGCAUAGGCGCAGUGUUACAGCAAGACGAUGGCAAUGGCUAUAGACCCGUAGAGUUCAUGUCCGCCAGGAUGCCUUCAGAGAAGGUCGCGACAUCUACCUAUGAAAGGGAACUCUACGCUCUCAGGCAAGCCUUAGACCACUGGAAGCACUACUUGCUUGGGAGGCACUUCAAAGUCUAUUCUGACCAUGAGACAUUACGAUGGUUAAAGACGCAGGCCAAGAUGACACCUAAGCUUACUAGGUGGGCCGCAGAGAUAGAUCAGUAUGACUUUGAGCUCAASCCKGUCAGAUGUGUAUAAGAGACAGCACCUAAGCUUACUAGGUGGGCCGCAGAGAUAGAUCAGUAUGACUUUGAGCUCAACCCGGUCAAAGGGAAGUACAACGUAGUCGCGGAUGCUC